GGGGGAGGUGAGGGUGAUUCAAGGGACAGGUCUGGGCAGCGCUCUGGGGUUGGCACCAGUCCGUGCAACCAUUCAAGCGGCAGUACGCACUUGUCCUGGCGUUCUCGCUGACCACACUAGCCGCUUCUGCGCUCCAUCUCUCUGAGCUCAUCGGCCAACGUCCUGGCUUCCGCCGUCAAUAUGCCUAGCCUUUGGGAUCGUUUCUCCUCGUCGUCCUCCUCUUCGCCCUCGUCCCGAACUCUCUCCCCCGAUCAACCGCCGCGCUCAGCCUGGGGUUCAGCAGCCAGAGAAGAGGGGCUCGGCCGCUGUGCGAGCCUGGAGAGCUCGGACUGCGAAUCUCUGGACAGCAGCAACAGUGGCUUUGGGCUGGAGGAAGAUUCGGCAUACUUAGAUGGGGUGUCGCUGCCCGACUUCGAGUUGCUUAGCGACCCCGAGGACGAGCACCUGUGUGCCAACCUGAUGCAGCUGCUGCAGGAGAACCUGGCUCAGGCGCGGCUGGGCUCGCGGCGCCCCGCGCGCCUGCUGAUGCCCGGCCAGCUGGUGAGCCAGGUGGGAAAAGAACUGCUGCGCCUGGCCUACAGCGAGCCGUGCGGCCUGCGGGGGGCGCUGCUGGAUGUCUGCGUAGAGCAGGGCAAGAGCUGCCACAGCGUGGGGCAGCUGGCCCUCGACCCCAGCCUGGUGCCUACCUUCCAGCUGACCCUCGUGCUGCGCCUGGACUCACGCCUCUGGCCCAAGAUCCAGGGGCUGUUUAGCUCUGCCAACUCUCCGUUCGUCCCUGGCUUCAGCCAUUCCCUCACGCUGAGCACAGGCUUCCGAGUCAUCAAGAAGAAGCUGUACAGCUCUGAGCAGCUGCUUAUUGAGGAAUGUUAAAUUGGGUCUGGGGGGCUGACACUGCCCCCACAGCAGAGAAAACUGGACUUCUGAGGCGCACAUAGGCAGGCAGAAACUGAGGGACUAAUGCCUGUCCUUAGAAAACUGACAAUAGCCACCUGAGGGGGAGGAUGGUGCUGGUGGUGAGGGAAACAUUGUGUUUCCUUGGAAGCGCACUGAGGAAUGCGCAGGUGGCAUCCCCUCAAGUACUGUAGCAUGAAACAAAGGCUUAGGGGCCAACCAGGCUUCUGGCUGGAUGUGUAUGUAGCAUGUACCUUAUUAUUUUUAUUGUUACUGACAGUUAAGAUAACAGUGGUAUGACAACAGGAGAGCAGCUGGGCUGCACUGGCCUCUCUGCAAGGGAUGUAUGUAUGCUCAUGGUAGCCAGCUCUGGUGGGAGGGGGGAGGUCAUCCAGGUGGUUGGUGUAUCUCAUGGUCUGAAGGGGCCAAAUGUGUUUGUUCUUUGUAUAUUUUUGUUUGUUUGUUUGAUCAGAGCUUCACUACUGACCUGUUCUAGGCAGCUAUCUUACAGACGCAUGAAUGUAAGAGUAGAAAGGGGUGGGUGUUAGGAUCACUUGGGAUCUUUGACACUUGAAGAAAAAAAAACUACACUUGAGAGCUGUUUGACCCAUCCCCUGCUGUGCGCUGAAGCUUGA